AUGAUUGUAUCAGGUAUUCUUGAAGAACAAGUCGUACCUAUUAUCGAAGAUUUACCUUAUCUUGAUUCAAUUUAUGUAUUUUGUUGCAAUAAAUCAAAACAUAAACUCUGGGUUUCUAAACAUCGAAAAAUAAAAGAUAUUUUUACUGAAAUUGAACCACUUUGCGAAUUGUUCACAAAUGAUAUCAAACAAUGUGAUAACAAUUUAAUGUCAAUUAGUAUUUUAUCUAAAACUGAUUGUUCAACACGUGAUUUAAAUGCUUUAUAUCCAUCAUUUAUGUAUUCAAAAUUACUUAGAGAAAUCCUUGUGCAAAUCGAAGAUGAUAAUCAAGCUAAAACAGAACUUGUUGAAUUUUGUUGUAAUCAAUGUGAAGAUAAUCAACAUGAGUUAAAAAUAAUUGAUAACUUUAAGAACACUUAUUCUUCUUCAUUAGCUCUUUGGUAA